GAUAUGAAAGCUAGUUUAUCCCUCUUUGCUUCGCUAUGAAAAAUAUUUGGACAAACUAGACUAACGACUGCCAGCCUUGGUUAAUUAGUUCAUUAUGAUGCUGGUUUACAUUAUUUGUUGAAUGAAGCAAAACCGGAGUGCGUAGUGGUUACGACUGAUUUAUCACCUCGGGAUUAUACUUACCCGGGCCGUCCUCCGAGCUGCUGCUGGGAUAACUUUGGAGAAGUUCUUUGUAUUCGGGGUGGUCAGGCGGCUUGGCCAACAAGCUGAACAUGGACUGGGGCACAGAGCUUUGGGACCAAUAUGACAUCAUUGAGAGGCACACACAGUCUGGCCUGGAGCUGGUGGAGAAGUAUGUGAAAUUUGUGAAGGAGAGGACAGAGAUUGAGCAAAACUAUGCUAAACAACUGAGGAACCUUUCAAAGAAAUUUAACAUAAAACGAAGCAGCAAAGAUGAACCAGAGUGCAGAUUUUCCAGCUACCAGUCUUUUUUGGACAUCCUGAAUGAGAUGAACGACUACGCCGGGCAGAGGGAGCUAAUUGCUGAGAACAUGAUGAUGAACAUUUGCAUUGAUCUCACCAAGUACCUGCAGGAGCUCAAGCAGGAACGAAAGACGUAUCUCAUGGAGGCCAAGAAGGCCCAGCAGAGUUUGGAGAGCACCUACAAGCAGCUUGACAGUAGUAAAAAGCGCUUUGAGCGGGAGUGGAGAGAAGCGGAGCGUGCAGCACAGUAUGCAGAGAAGACCGAUCAAGACAUCAAUGCCACCAAAGCAGAUGUUGAAAAAGCCAAACAGCAGGCUCAUAUGAGAGCACAUGUUGCAGAGGAGUGUAAGAACGACUACGCUGCUCAGCUUCAGAAGUACAACAAGGAGCAGAACCAGUUCUAUUUUAAUGAUAUGCCACUCAUCUUCAACAAAUUGCAGGAUCUGGAUGAGAGGCGAGUACGGAAGUUGGCGCAAGGCUACGUCUUGUUCUCAGACACAGAGAAGCAUGUGAUGCCUAUCAUUGGCAAGUGCCUGGAAGGCAUUACUAAAGCUGGCACUAAUGUUAAUGAGAGGAAUGACUCCAUGGUUGUAAUAGAGCAGAACAAGUCAGGCUUUGAGCGUCCUGGAGAUGUGGAGUUUGAGGACUACAGUCAGGGUAUCAACCGUGCCUCAUCCGACAGCAGCCUGGGUACACCCAAAGGCCCCAUGGACCUUCUGGGAAAGAACAAGGGCAAAAACUUUUGGCUUUUCAGCAAAAGGAGUAAGCUCUCUCCCUCCACGCUCCCACCUUUCUCCACACCCCCCGCCCCCUCACCUUCUAACGGACCCCCUUCCCCCAAGUUUGGCCGGGACCCCCUGUCGUACUGUUUGAAGGAGAUCAAUAAGACAGUCAAACCCAGAAUCUCUUCGUUCCGGACGCUCAGGAGAUCGCCUACAGUGACUGAGGACUUCGCACAUCUCCCUCCAGAGCAGCGCAGAAAGAGGUUGCAACAGAAACUAGAGGAAAUUUGCAAGGAAUUGCAAAAGGAAGUAGAUCAGAGUGAGGCCCUGGGGAAGAUGAAAGAUGUUUAUGAGAAAAAUCCUCAAAUGGGAGACCCUGCUAGUCUGGCUUCCCAAAUCAGCCAGACUUCCCAGAAUAUAGAGCGGCUCAGAGGAGAGGUGAACAAGUAUGAGACUUGGCUGGCUGAAGCAGGAGGUCGAGGGGACACAUUGCGCUAUAAAAGUCACACAUUCAACAAUAACGGAGCUCAUGAUGCACAAAGUCCUGAUGGAGCUCACUCCGAUGAAAGCACUCCUGAUCCCUCCCAAGCCAUCUACGCAGAGUUUGAUGAUGACUUUGAGGAUGACGAACUAGCUGCUCCUAUUGGGAAAUGCACAGCCAUGUACAACUUCCCUGGUGCCAGUGAAGGGACCAUCUCUAUGCAGGAGGGGGAGGUGCUGGCUGUGGUAGAGGAGGACAAGGGCGAUGGCUGGACCCGUGUCCGUAGGAACAAUGGAGAUGAAGGCUACAUACCUACAUCUUACGUCACUAUCACCCUAAACAAAUGACAGUCAAACACUCGAGGAACAGCAGAGGAAGAGAUUAACACUUCAGAAAACUGUGUGCAGUUCUUCUCCUGGGACCGAUCAUAAAGAAGCCACGGCACUCUGGGCGAGACCACCGGUGUAUCCAGGAAGUGAUCCAAAUAAGGUGCUUUGAUUUCUUGAGAUGGGUGCCCCAUAUUAGAAGAGGAACGGUGCUAACAGUAUGUUUCUCAUCGCUCACAUUACAUUAUUGUAAUCCUCAGUUACCUAAGCCACCUAAACCACAAGGUUAUUUUCAUUUUGAUUGCAUGUCACAAUAAUUUUUUUGGGUUUGGUUAAUUAGUGUUGCAUGGAUCUUAGGCACCAUCAUUGUACAAGUGCUUGCCUCGUUCCACAGCCUAAUAAAGGCUUAGCUUCUGGAUGUGAGAGGAAGAAGUCGAGAAGGGGGAGGAAGAUGAGUGCUGCUGCCAUCUUUACACUGAGUCUUUAUACCAGGAAUACUUAGGAGGGAGUUACCUCGCCAGUUUACCUAUUCCAGAUAAAUAAUUACCUGCUCUGGCCCAUGAUAGUCCACUCCGCCGCUUAACGUAGAGUAGAGUAUAAUCUGUUGCAGUUUGUUUUUGUUUUUUUUUUCUCUCAAGUGUGCCACUUUCUAGCUUUAAUAGCACUUGCGGAGAUGUACGGCAUCGUCACUUUGCUCACGAUUGGACUCGAGAUCUUGAGGUUUUGCGCGCGGGGGGGGGGGACUAUGUCACUCUUGGUUUUCAGCCAUUUGUGAGAUCAAAGGUGUGGAUAGCUCUCCUGUCAUGGUAAAUCAGAUGCACACAACAGUACAAACACUUCUAACUUUCAGACAAUCACAGCCAUAUCAUCAUUUCACUUCGGUCUAUAGCAGUAACAAGGAUAAACAGUAGCUGUUGUUUUCUAAUAGUUACAACCUGAAAAUUGUUCUAAAAAUAAUUUAUUACAAAUGUGUAUGUUCUAUAAAUAAUAUUUUGUUGUUGUACUUUGUAUUAAGGAGGUUCUCACAUUUUUCUUAUCCCCUUGCACACAUAGUGGACACUUUGUAGCCACAAAAGGGAGUAAAUAAUGCACACAUAAAAUGUGCUACAUUAAGACUAUUGUAUUUAUGUAAUAAAUAAUAUAUAUUUUAGCUAUCACAACACCACUAUUGUCUUAUUAGCUUUUUAACCAUUCAAAUAAAGAUAGUUACAUCGUGAGAGAAAACUAAAAGUCUCUUGUUGCUGAUGAUGUUUUGUUUGGAUUUACUUCACAUCUUUUCAAGUUGAUCCACGUCCUGUUUUUAUGUUGUUAUUGAGCCAGCAAGAAGCAGUAACUGCUCAUGUGUCUUUGGUGCCUUUCUGGUUAAAAGCAUUGUGUAUAUACCAUUUUUGCAUAUAAGAUAUUUCUUUUUUUUUUUUUUUUUUCAAGACUUAAUAAAUGCAAAGCACAUUUCAAAGUUAGAAGUGGUUAUGUCAUUUCUGGCCUUGGAAAAUAAAUAUUUGA